CUCCGCGGGAGCCCGGCGCCAAACUCGAAGCGCAAGAUGGCGGCGGAGAGUAUGUUCAACCGGCCGGUGUGCAUGCAAGUGAGGUGCCAGGGCUGCGAGGAGAGGAAAUUAAAUGUUCGAGUGAAUAUUGAGCUACUGUCAAUUUCUAAUCCUGUUCAUAAAAAGGAUUUAGCUGUUCGAUUGACUGAUGAUACUGAUCCUUUUUUCCUUUAUAACCUUGUCAUAUCUGAGGAAGACUUUCAAAGUUUAAAAUCCCAGCAAGGUCUCUUGGUAGACUUCUCUGCUUUCCCACAAAAAUUUAUAGAUCUGCUUCAGCAAUGCAUUCAGGAACAGAACAAAGAUAUCCCAAGGUUUUUGCUGCAGUUAGUUUCUUCAGCAUCUGUUCUAGAUCACACACCUGUCUCUCUAAAUGUAGUGGAGACCAACCCUUUUAAACAUCUUACCCAUCUCUCUCUAAAAUUCCUACCAGGAAAUGAUGCAGAAAUAAAGAAGUUUCUAGCCAGCUGUUUGAAAUGCCUUAAGGAAGAAAAAACAAUGUUGGAAGAAAAGCUUAGGAGAACUGAAGAGGAUCUUACCAGACAACUGAGCUACACUCAACAGAGCUUGUCAGAGAAGAGCCGAGAACUAGACAAACUGAAAAACGAAUGGACAUCAUACACUACAGCUCUAACAAACAAACACACGCAGGAGCUGACCAAUGAGAAGGAAAGAUCUCUCCAGGCACAAGCUCAGUACCAACAGCAGCAUGAACAACAGAAAAAGGAAUUAGAAAACUUGCAUCAGAAAAGUAUUCAACAGUUGCAGAACAGACUCUCAGAACUCGAGGUCAUCAAUAAAGAUCUAACAGAAAGGAGAUACAAAGGAGACUCCACAGUCAGAGAACUGAAAGCAAAGCUUUCUGGAAUAGAAGAUGAAUGUCAAAGAGCAAAGCAGGAGGUGCUGUCGCUGCGUCGGGAGAACACUACUCUGGAUGCGGAGUGUCAUGAAAAAGAGAAACUCAUUAAUCAGCUACAGACACGGGUUGCUGUUCUGGAACAAGAGAUCAAAGAUAAAGAUCAGCUAGUCGUUAGAACAAAAGAAGUAUUAGAUGCGACACAAGAACAAAAGGUAAUACUGGAAGAGAGUACAGAGAAAAAACAAAGUCAUAUUGAAAAACUAGAGGCAACCAUUAAGUCGCUGUCAGCUGAACUUCUUAAGGCUAAUGAAAUUAUCAAGAAGCUACAAGGAGAUUUGAAAACUCUAAUGAGUAAGUUAAAAUUGAAAAAUACAGUAACCAUUCAGCAGGAAAAACUGUUGGCAGAAAAAGAAGAGAGACUUCAAAAAGAGCAGAGAGAAUUGCAGGAGACGGGCCAAUCCCUUCGAAUGAAAGAGCAGGAGGUUUGCAAGCUACAAGAACAGCUAGAAACUACAAUACAAAAGCUAGAAGAAAGUAAGCAGUUACUGAAAACUAAUGAAAAUGUAAUCACAUGGUUAAACAAACAGCUGAAUGAAAUUCAGAUGGCAAAGAAGCUCGAGACUUCUGCCAGUACCCAUGGCAGCGUUAGGACUGCCAUUUCCCCUCAUGGCAUGCCUGACCGACCAUCCUUUCCCAGCUCAGGAAUCGGUCAUCCCAUUUCACCUCUGUAUGCCUUCCAGAACUUUCCGGACCCAGCACACAACAAAAAUCUCACUUCACAAUGCUCAGUACCAAAGAUUCAGUUUAGCACCCAGCUUUCUAAAAUGAAUCGGUGUUCAGAUGGUCAGGCAGUGACUGCAACUAGUCAUCCAGCAAAUAAGGAGAAUGGUGAUAACUUGGGGCUGGAACCGAAGUAUUUCAAGAAAAAAGAUGACAGCAUUCCUUUACGAGGGCUUAGUCAAAAUACACUUAGCUCAGAGUAUCUGAAACCGACCUUACCGACAAAAGCCCAGCCAUCACCAAAAGCUGCAGCGCCGCCAGCCUCGGCUUACUUCCCUGGAUAGUAGGCAGGGCUCUUAAAGUAAGCAGCCGCUGUCUUUUAACCAUUUGGGGGAUUUUUGGAUGUCCUGUAAUAAUGCAUUAUUAGUGAAGUAUCAGUAUGAACUGACAUAAUUUUCUGAGUCUGAAUCUGUUUUCUUUGAGAAAGCUAUCUUGACUGACACGGAUGACUGUUCAGGGUACUUGAGCCUGAAGAAAAAGCUCUGAGCAGCCUCGGCCUCAGCGGGAACACCGCUGUAGUUAAGGCACGGGGGCUGUACGGAAUGGUCCCUCACAAUAUUGGCGACCCUGCAGUCUUAAAAAGCUGUUGAAGUGCCCUGACUCUCUUGUUACAGGCAUUGACAAGCGUGGCUCUCUAAUGGGGAAAUGUACGGGCCAGUAUUCCCUGGGAGAGACCACGUCUCUGUGGAUGCUUAACCCCUUUCAGAGCAAGGAUGACGCAAACAAAGUGCUGGAGAACAGGGUGAUGCCGUCAAGGUUAAUAAUGGUCAAGCUUGUAAUUUAGCGUGACUGCCUUGCUAAUUCGCCCUUACAGUUUUAGUUUUGAAAACUUGCUUAAUUUUGGAACCAGCUUCUUUGAAUUGCAUCUAGACUUAUUAAAUAUAUUUAAUAUUAAAACUCCAAAUUAUUUCACCAAAGAUUUAAAUUAUAAUUUAAGAUUCUCACUCUUGGUUACCCUGACUUUUCUAUUCAUCUGUCAUUCUGUAUGUUCCACCGCACCCCCCCCCAACACAGUUAAGGGGCAGUAGCUGAACAGUCAACUAUUGAAAGCAUUGCAACAUCUAAAAGCUACUUUAUUUUUACUGAUCGUACUUCAUGACUGUAAGAAAGACCACAGGGAAAUCUAAGAUACUCUUAACACAGACGUUUAGGUGGACUGAGCCUAGUCAGUGUGUUCUGCUACCUGGGCUCAAACACCAGAAUCAUGUAAAACGGCUUCAUUCCGUGCCAGCUCUUGUGUGGUGUCCCAGUGAAGGACGGGCAUGCAAGUGUUUGUAACAUGCAAAAUAUACUUUUUUUUAAUGGCUAUUUUACAACAAAAGUCGGUAAAUAGCUUGACGUGCAUCCAGAGGAUUGUAUAUGUAAGUGGUUUGUUUUGCAGUGCAAAAUGUGUAUAUUUGUUUAUAAAUCAGCACCCUGUUAGCGUGCACUCACUUGUUUUGGCAUGUGUAAGUUUUGAUGGAACGAUUAAAUGGUUUUUAUCCCAAA